AUGGCUGUCAGUAUUCCCUGGUACGAGAACAGCGCAGAGCAUCUUGCUAAUAGACAGCCACAGUCUCAUUCACCGCUCCCCACCGACGACCUCCAGCAGAUUGCCAAAACAGCCUGUGAGCAAGCUGUUGGAGCCGCAACAUCAUACGACCACACCAAAGUAGGAGACUGGAACAGCGAGAUUAUUCAAUACAUUCUCAAGACCCUCAUCAGCAAAACCACGCCCGCCGCAGACUCGUCAAACCCAGAUGCUCCUUCGCAACCCGCCUACAAGUACAUUGCCAACAGCACAGUGAUUCAACACCACGGCAACUCGCCUGCAGAAAUCGAGAAGCAGGGCCGCCGUGGCAUGCACAGCGCCGUUGGUGCCUUCUGGAACAACGAGAAGGACGGAACAUACACGUACAAGUGGGAGGCUGCCGACAGCAAGGGCAUGGACAUUGUCAUCACCAUCACCUGGAUCGCCAUCUAG